UUGCCGGAUAUUUUCAACUAUUUCAUUAAUACACCAGCUUGCGAUGAACAACCCAAUGCAAACUAUCGAAGCAUAGUGGAAGGCCAAAAUUAUCUGAGUUCAGGAUGGAUUGGCAUGAUCCAGCAUAAAUUUGUUGGAAGUAAAAUUAUUAUGAAAGGUUGUGUACGCUACUCUCAGGCGAUUAACAGUUAUCACUCUGUUGAAAUAACUGUUAAAAGCACAACAAUUACAGGAGUGAAAUGCGAUUGUAUUGCCUCUGAAGGUAAAUGCUGCAGCCAUUCUGCAGGACUUGCAUUUAAAGUUUUCGAGGCCAACAAGAAAGGCUUUAUUGGCAUGGCAUGCACCGAUCAGCCAUGCAAGUGGAAUAAAAGCACACAACAAAAUGUGUUGCCUGAUAGCAUAGAAAAUAUACGCAGCAUUAAAAAAAGAUCCACCGAGAACAGCAUGUUAAGUUUUGAAACAGAUGCUGACGUUAUUCAGCAUCUUUCCUCAUCACAUCUUAAGGAUCUGUCAGGCAUACAAGGAACAAUCCUAAAUCAAAUUGCUACAAGAAAACCUACAGGUGCCACAAUAAAUGCUUUUAAUUUUGUCCAUGGACUUCAUAAUGUCACGCUAAAUUGCAAAAUUUGUAGAGACAUAUAUUAUGAACAUGUACAUUUAUCUGCAAUUGAAGCCGCAUCCCUUGAUAAACAAACGGUAAACCAAAAAUGUGCAUUGCGGACAUCACAUAGAAAAAGGCAGAUAACGAGCAGUGUAGCAGCUACGGUGCCAAAACGGCCUAAAACUGAUACAUCAAGGUGGUUGAAAAACCACUUUAAACCUACAUUUUCAGGAAAUGCAAGUACCAAGUAUGGACAGACCCAUGAAUCAUGUGCAAGGGCACAAUAUGAAUCAGAUACUGGUCAAAUAGUUACUUCAUCUGGGCUUGUAAUUCGUCCUGAGGAUAGUUGGUUAGGGGCUAGCCUAGAUGGAAUAAUUGAUGAUAGCACAAUAUUGGAAAUUAAGUGUCCAACAGAUAAAAAAUUGGCACAUUUUAAUAAUUCUGUUAAAUGUUUAAUUGAAAGUGGUACAUAUGAUGUGAAAAUAGAUAAUGGAAUAUAUUAUCUCAGGCAGACCAGUGCUGCCAGUGGCUAUUAUACACAGGUACAAGUUGCUAUGCAUUGCUCAUUUUGUAAAAAGUGCAAAUUUAUGGUGUGGUCACCUAAAGACUACAUAAUUGCAAAUGUACAUAAUGACCAAAAGUGGACUGAGGAUAGGAUAGCAUCUCUGAAAACAUUUUAUUUUGAACAUAUGCUGCCAGCUCUUACGGAUAUGGUACUAAAAAAUGAACUCAAGUUAAUUAAACUAAAAAUGUAAGGAUUUUAAUGAAAUUAAUUAUUGUUAUAUACAGUAUUUAUAUAAUCUUUAUUCUGAAAUAAAGAGCAGCAUAUGUUUUAUAACUUAACAUGCUGUUUUUGGUAGAUC